AUGCUAGAUUUCCCUGAGGACACUAAGAACGAGCCUAAAUGUCUUGUUACACAUGGCACAAUGGGUCAUGUGAACCCGAAAGAACCUCCUAUCAAGAGAAAGCCUUUCUCAGCCAUUUUAAGUCACCCAUUCGUCUCCAAGGUUGAUCUCGUGCUCCCAGAAGAAGUCUAUGAGAUUGUUAAAAAUGACCUUAUCAAGUCGCUCGAGCCAAGGUGGCCUGUUUUCAGCCGUGUUAUUUUACCUCUGAGCGUUCUUCUAGAAGGGGAUUUCUUUAAUGAAUAUAUUAAGAGAGGGAAUAUUUUGAUGCUCUCGGAGGGAAACAUGGGCGUUGACAAUGUAUACAAACUGAGAGACGGAAUAUUAACUUUGCAUUUGGAAAAGGAAAAGUAUGAACGGGCUGGUCUGGUUGGAAAGCCAGAUGGUCUUAAAGGUAAACGGGGAACCAAGCCUCGAUGGGUUGUUGAGAUCAAUCUACGUCUUCCAUCCAUGCUACAUGGCAAAAAGGGGUUUGAUAGGAUCGUUUACGCAUUCAAGAACGUCCUCACAGCACCAGUCACAUGGCUCUUCCAUGAUUUAGCAACCACAGCGACGACGCCUGAUCCACUGGAUAUACAUUUCCCAACCAAGAAAACUGUUUCCCCUGUGGUAUCACAAAACAUUAGAGCCAGCAUACCACCCCUUAAACCGACUGCGGAUAAAGAUUCCAAAUAUGAUGCCGACUUCGAAGACUAUGCAGUAGAACUCCACGAGUGGCUAUCCCUCAUCCUGCUCGACAGCCCACGGGUCAAAGUCGGAGACAAAAUCGACCCUUUCCUUUCUCGUUAUGCGCUACCAGCCGAUUCUGUUGCAAGUGGUGGAUUGGUUAAAUUGACAUGGCAAGGCUUCAUAGCUCCUUCAUGGGCCCAUGAGACCUUCGCCCUGAUAUUGCCACACAUCCCUCGAGACUCCUGGUUCGCUUAUUGUGUAGGCGGUUUCGCUGAUGGGUGGUCUGGGGAAACUAGGGCAAGUACCAUAUUGAAGCUCCCCGAUACACCGAACGAGUAUGUUCUGUGGGGCAUAGUGUAG